CAAAGUUCAGGAGUUAUGAAACAAGCUGAUGGAACAGUAGCCCCACCCACAGGCCCGUGGAGAGAGCAGCCUGCAUGUUUAAAGAGUGGGCGAGCAGCUUCUGUCCUCAUUCUCUGUGUAAAAGGAUACAAGGAGUCGGCCAUGGCUGCAGAAGCAGCCCAGACUUGUUAUGAGGGCAGCACUGUCCAGAGCUUCCAGUUCUACCUGGAGCACUCAGGAGAACACGCGGCCAUUCUCGGGUCGCUUGACAACAUCCUGCCAGGAGAAUUCAAAAGAAUUGGAGCAGGGGAAAGCAGCCUGGAUGUCCUCGGGGUUGGAAGUGGUGGAGGAGAGGUGGAUGUCCAGAUUCUCUCUCUCCUGCAGUCUGCAGUCCCUGGCGUUCCCAUCAAUGCUCACAUUGUUGAGGGCAGCUCUAAGCUCACAAACAACUUCAAAGUUUUGGUGGCAAAGACUGGCAGUCUUCAGAUCCCGUUUGUGUGGCAUAUAUUGGGCAGUGAGGGCUAUAUGAGGCAAGUGAUGGCAAAGGAAGACAAAAAGAAAUUCAACUUCAUACAUAUGAUUCAGAUGCUCUACUAUGUGAAUGACCUGGGUCAAACCAUCAAGUUUUACCACAGCCUUCUGAAAAAUAACGGCAGGCUUAUGAUCAUCAUUGAAGCAGCCAGCGGUGGUUGGGAUAUCCUGUGGAACACUUUCAAGAAGGAGCUGUGGAGUGAGGUCAUCCCUGAAUACCGCUCAUCAAGAGAGAUCGUCGCCCUCCUAAACAGCCAGGGUCUGAAAUACGACGAGCAUGUGAUUCCCAACACCUUCGACAUCACUGAGUGCUUCGAUCCAAGCAGCGUGACUGGAGGACGUCUCCUGAACUUCAUGACGGCGAAAGACAACUUCCACCAGGCCUUCACCCCAGAGAUCAAAGCGGCAAUGUUAGACCUCCUCAGAAACAAGUGUAGCACUGAAAAAGACGGCAGAGUGUACUUCAAUAGUAAUCUGAGGUGCAUUCUUGUUCAUGCCUGAGCGUUGGUAUAUUCGUACAUUGCAAUUUUUCUUUGCUCUGCAAAUUUACAAUGACUAGACACAAUUCAGCUUAAAAUGCCUGUCACAGAAUGUCUUGCAAAAUGAUAUAUAAUAAAUAUAUCUUUUUAAAAAAGAAACUACACCCAAAUCCUUUACUGGCUGAAAUGACAAGACGUUUGGUAUUAAAGUUAUAUUGUGGACCUUUUUAAAUAUAAAUGAUCAUUUUU